AGACACUCACCAUCACCAGUCACACUACCCACCGUCAUUCUUCUUUGUUUCUUAUCUUGUUGUUGGUCUGGAAAUCUCUUCACUCUCUCUUUUGCUUCCAAGUUUUGCUGCUAACAGUAUAUCUUUGAAAGUCAGUUGAUAUUACAAUUAUUCCCUUCCCAAACCUUGCAUCAUCAAUCAUGGUUCCUUUCAUUUAUGUUGUUCUUUUCUUAGCCAUGUCUGGCCAUUCAAGUGCCAACUAUUGCUUAUGUAAAGAUGGAGUGAAUGAGCAAACACUUCAGAAAACCCUAGAUUAUGCUUGUGGAGCAGGAGCUGAUUGUACUCCAAUUAAUCAAAAUGGUCCUUGCUAUAAUCCCAACACUGUGAAAGAUCACUGCAAUUAUGCAGUCAAUAGCUAUUUCCAAAAGAAAGGUCAAGCUCAAGGAAGCUGUGAUUUUUCAGGCACUGCUACUGUUAGUGUUAAUCCUCCUUCAAAUAUUCCCUCUACUUGCAGUUUUCCUUCCAGUGGUACAAGCACAACACCAUCCACAGGGACUCCGACGACACCGACCACAGGGACGCCUACCUCAACACCAACCACAGGGACUCCUACCACACCAACAACGGGGACACCGACAACAGGGACUCCUACCACACCAACAACGGGGACACCGACAACAGGGACAAGCACCGGGAUUCCUUCCACAACACCCACCACGGGGACAACCACCGGGUCUCCGACGGUGUUUGGUGGUGGCACCACCUCACUUGGUCCGUCGGGAACAACCACCGGCAUCAAUGAUCCAAGUCAUGCUGUGACUCUCUUCACGAGCACCAACAACAACAUUCUCUUCACUCUUGCUGUCACACUUUGGAUUCUAGCAUACUAUUGGGCUUAAAAAGGUUUUAACAUUCAUGUGCUUCGACAUUCAUGCAUGCAUGUAUGUAUGUAUUUAUGUAUGUAGUGAUCAUUUUAGUAGGAGAGGUGAAAAAGAUGCGUUUUUGGGCAUGACCAGUAAUAUUAAUAUUUAAUUAAGGUA